AUGAUUGAGGAAAGCCAUCUCAAGUGGGUGUCCCUUCUGAUCGCUGUUUAUUUGACGGUACCUCUCCUUGGGUACAUUCUGAUCCCGUAUUUACUUUAUGGUAACCGAUCUACGAAGAAAAGGGUAAUUCUGUAUGUGCUGGGGGACAUUGGCCAUUCCCCCCGGAUGUGCUACCACGCAUUGAGCUUCAGCGAACAUGGAUGGCAAGUUGAAUUCUGUGGAUACGUUGAGGAUGCCCUCCCCAGGUCAAUAGUCGAAGAUCCCAACAUCACAGUGCAUGCAAUUCCAACUUACCGAGGAAGAAACGGUUCUAAGCUUCUUUCAAUGGUUCGUAAGGUGGCUCUGCAGAUCUUUGCCAUUACUAGACAGUUGUGGGAACUCCGCGGGAGCGAUUAUCUGUUGAUGCAGAAUCCACCGACGAUCCCGAUCCUACCGCUGGCAAUGCUUUAUCGGUUUACCGGUUGCAAGCUGAUAAUCGACUGGCACAACUUGGGCUAUUCUAUUCUGCAAAUGAAGUUUGGCGGGUCCUUUUGGCAUCCUAUCAUAGUGAUUCAUUACAUUGUCGAGCGCCUGUUUGCGAAGUUUGCAACUUAUAACCUGACUGUGACGAAAGCCAUGAAAAAUUACUUGGUGAACAGUUUUGGGUUGAGUUCAAAGAGGAUAGCGGUCCUAUACGAUCGUCCCGCGGCUCAAUUUCAACCUUUACCGGAAACCUGCGAUAGAGAUCGCAUGUUGAAGACAGAGUCGUUUAUUAAGGAUCUCCUUCCUUCUGACUUCGACAUCAAAAAGGGUGACAAGCUCAUCGUGACUUCUACUUCGUUCACCGCUGAUGAAGACAUCGGUGUUCUUUUGGGAGCGCUGAAGAUCUACGAGAACUCCUAUGAGAAGUUCGAUCAAGAACUUCCAAGAAUUAUGUGCUUUAUAACCGGCAAAGGGCCUUUGAAACAAAAGUACGUAGACCAGGUGAUGGCUUACGAGUGGCAUCGCUGUAAGGUUGAGUUCCUGUGGUUAUCGGCCGAAGAUUAUCCUAAGCUCCUUCGACUUUGCGAUUAUGGGGUCUCGCUACAUACAUCUAGCUCAGGACUUGAUCUUCCGAUGAAAAUACUCGACAUGCUUGGAUCCGGACUUCCCGUGAUUGCUUCAAAUUAUCCAGUGCUGGAUGAGCUGCUCCAGCAUAAUGUUAAUGGACUGAAGUUUAUCGACAGGAGGGAACUGCAUGAGAGUUUGAUAUUUGCGGUAAAGGACUCUGAAAUUUACAAAACUCUAAGAAAAGGAGCACUAAUAGAAGCGGAGAAUAGGUGGAAUUCGAGCUGGGAAUCAGCAAUCGGGGAGCUAAAAAUCAUUCAAUGA